AUGGAGAGCGUGUCAUCCCCAAUAACAACAACAACUACAAGCAGCACCAGCAGUGGUGGUGGAGGCGGUGGUAGCAGUACUCCGAGUAGGUACGAGAACCAGAAGCGGCGAGACUGGAACACGUUCAGUCAGUACCUGCGGAACCACCGGCCGCCGCUGUCGGCUGCGCUGUGCAGCGGGGCGCACGUGCUGGAGUUCCUGCACUACCUGGACCAAUUCGGGAAGACGAAGGUGCAUAACCCGACGUGCCCGUUCUUCGGGCUGCCGAACCCUCCGGCACCGUGCCCCUGCCCGCUCCGGCAGGCGUGGGGCAGCCUCGACGCCCUCAUCGGCCGCCUCCGCGCCGCCUACGAGGAGAACGGCGGGAGAGCCGAAAGCAACCCCUUUGGCACCCGCGUGGUGAGGCUGUACUUGCAUGAUGUUCGUGACUUUCAGGCGAAGGCGAGAGGAGUUAGCUACGAGAAGAAGAGAAAGAGACCAAAGUCCAACAUCUCUAAUGCACCUUCUGUUACCACUUCUCCCAAUGCCACUGCUACUGCCACUUAG